UUAAAACAAAUGUAAGAAACAUGUGCACACUUUAUAUGAAACAAUUAAUAGAAGAUUACAACUGCACAUAUUAUGGAAUGAAACAAUGAGGAGAUUAAAUAUGCUCCAGGACAACGAUUGAUAGCGUCCGGUGAUUAUUAUGGAAAGCGCAACUAAAGUGUUAAACACCGGGAUUGUUAAUAUUCUUGCUUCAAACGUAUCAAACAACACAGGUUUAUUAUUCCCACAUUUUAAAUUGAAGGGUACUGCUAAAACAGGGAGAAGAGCUCAACAGAAAACAGCAAAUCCACCAGAUGCUCCUGAUUUUGAAGCUAGCGUAGAAAACUCACCAAAGGCACCAAAGUCAAGACAGCCGGCUGGAAGACAAGAACCUGAUGAGCCUCCAAAACCUUCAAGAGUGUCUGGAUGGGGUGAAGAUAAUCCGCGUAAAAGUCGGAAACUUGGUGAAGGAUUUGAAAACAUUGAAGAUGAUGUACUAGCAGAUAUUGACGAUAUUGUUGGUGAGAGAUUAAGACCCAGAACUCCUGAAGAUGAUAAUGAAUCUGAUACAGAUAUACCUGUUAUACCAGAUCUAGAAGAACAACAAGACGAUGAUAUGACAGUCAAAGUAGCAAUAGCUCCAAAUGUUGCAGUUAACAGAGUGGCAACCUACAGAGAACUAGAUAAUGACCUUUUAAGGCAGGCAGCUUUUACAACUCUGGAUAAUGAUAUAGAUCUUAAGUUACUGACUAAGAAUUUAUCUACAGAAGCAGAUUUAAUAGAAGAGGACAAGCCUUGGGACUGGGAUAGACUGUUUACAGAAGUGACGUCAGAACUGUUAUCACAACUAGACACUACUGAAGAAACAAGUGAUAACCAAGAGAUCAAUCAAACCGUGUGAUAUUGUUGUUAUUGUUGUUAUUGUUGUUAUUAUUUAUAUUAUUAAUUUUGAAUGAGAAGGCAUUGUAUAAAAUAAUGGAAGUGACUAGACAUUAUAUGAUAUUGAAGUUUUCAACAACAUUCCCAUUAUUGAUACAACUCUGUAAAGAAAUUGGUGUUUUUUUAAAAUGCCAUUGAUUGUUGUGUGAAGAUAAUUCUUUAAAAGAUUUUUGAAAAGAAAAUAUACAUCUGAUACACACGUGUGACAUAAAAUUUAUACAGAAAUUCUUCUUGUUAGAUCCGUCCAACAUAAUAUUUUUCAUAUACUACA